CCUGGACAGAGAUCCCUGCCCCUUCCUCCUCCUUCUCCUUCCUCCUGGUCUCCCAGCCGGCGGCGGCAGAGAGAGGGACUUAAGCCCGGGCUGCAGAUGCGGGGAGCUCGGCUGCAGAGUGAGAGAGAGACUGGUAGCGUGUAGGGAAGUUGGGGAAAGGAGGCGCCGUGCGAUAUUCGAGCCCGUUGUACAUCUGAAAGAGUUUGGAGUUUGUUUUUAGAGGCUCCGGGGGGUAGUCUGAAUUUUAGGGAAGUUAACUUUUUUGUUUUCUCCGUGUAGUGGUCAUGGGUUCCCAGCGGAGGCUCCGGGCCGGCCGGACAGCGCUGCUGCUCACGCUGCUGCUCACGGCUCUGUGGCAGCGCUGCUCUGCAAGUUGCCCGGAGAAAGACUUAGAGAAAAGGGAAGAGGAGGCCAACAUAGUUUUGACCGGCACCGUGGAGGAAAUCAUGAACAUGGACCCGGUGCAUAACACGUACUCAUGCAAGGUCAGGGUGUGGCGCUACUUGAAAGGGAAGUCCGUAGUCAAUGGUGAUAUUCUUCUGGAUGGCGGCAACAAGGUGAUGAUUGGUGGCUUUGGUGAUCCUGGGAUCUGUGACAACCAGGUUGCCACAGGUGACACCCGCAUAUUCUUUCUCAACUUGGCCCCGGAGUUCAUGUGGCCUGCACACAAGAAUGAACUGAUGCUCAACUCUAGUCUGAUGAGGAUUACCCUGCGUAACCUGGAGGAUGUCGAGCACUGCGUCGAAGACAAACCUCCUCACUUCACACCGGCCCAGCCUCCCGAUGGCUGCAGAGGGAUGCUGUGCGGUUUUGGUGCCGUUUGCGAGCGCGACCCGGCCGACCCGUCCAAAGCGGAGUGUGUUUGUAAGAGAGUCGUUUGUCCGUUGGUGGUUGCACCUGUCUGUGGCUCGGAUUCAUCCACCUACUCCAAUGAGUGUGAGCUAGAGAAGGCCCAGUGCAACACACAGCGACGCAUUAAGGUGCUGCGCAAAGGACCCUGCUCUCUAAAGGACCCAUGCACCGAGGUGACCUGCAGCUACGGCAGCACCUGCGUCCAGUCGUCAGAUGGCUUGUCAGCUAAGUGCAUGUGUCCGCUGGGGUGUGAGGGCAAACUGCACCAGACGGUGUGUGGCAGCGAUGGAAAAGACUAUCUCAAUGAAUGUGAGCUCCACCAGCAGGCAUGCAAGCACCAGAAGAACGUGCGAGUGCAACACCUAGGGCCCUGUGACCCAUGUAAAGACAAUGAAAACAGUGUGAAUGUGAUGUGCCGAGUGGAGGCCCUCACCCGCCAGCCCCAGGUCUUUGACUCUGCUGACUCCUGUUCGCCAAGCAGCGAGCCACUGUGCGCCAGCGACGGCCACACAUACCCUAGCGAGUGCGCCAUGCUUCGUACAGGCUUGCAGAAAGAUAUCAGACUCAGGAAGAUCCACGCAGGGCGAUGCCAGAAGCUGGAGGAGUGUAAGGAGGACUGUACGUUCAAUGCGGUGUGCCUGGUGGAGCGGCUGGGCGUCCGCUGUUCCUGUGAUCCCAUCAAUUGUGACGGCAGCUACAAACCCCUGUGUGGCAAGGACGGGCGCACCUAUGCCAACGACUGCGAGCGACGCAAGGCUGAGUGCCAGGCCAAGACCCACAUUCCUGUCAAGCACCAAGGGCCCUGUGAUCUCCACAUACCAAGCCCCUGCCUGGAGAAGGUGUGCGAGCACGGCGCCGUGUGUGUGGUGAAGAACGGCGAGCCGGUGUGCGAGUGCCCUGAGGCGUGCCCGCAGACGCCCGACCCGGUGUGUGGCAGCGACGGCCAGAGCUACGGCAGCCCCUGUGAGAUGCGGGCGAUAGGUUGCGCCUUGCAAAAAGCCAUCCACAUCCAGCACAAAGGACACUGCGAUAAGACUUGUGCCAACUGCUCUUUUGGGGCAAUCUGUGAUGCCCAGACGGGGCAAUGCGUGUGUCCAUCGGAGUGUGUGGAGUCCCACCAGCCUGUCUGCGGCAGUGACGGUACAACUUACGACAGCGAGUGUGAGCUGAAUGUGCGAGCCUGCAAGGAGCAGAUGGACCUUCGUGCGGUCAGCCAGGGCGACUGCAAAACAUGCGGUGGUGCCAUUUGUUCCUGGGGUGCCCGCUGCAUCAAGAACCAAUGUGAGUGCCCAGUAUGCACGGGCCAGGUGAUCUCACCAGUGUGCGGAAGCGACGGCCUCACCUACACCAGCGAGUGCGAACUCCGCCAGUCCUCGUGCAUCUUCAGGAAGAAAAUUGAGGUGGCAAAGCUCGGCCGCUGCGACGAGGACUGUGGCUCCGGAGGAUCAGGCUCAGGUGUGGAGAGCUGUGAACAGGACCGGUGUCGGACAUUCGGAGGCUCGUGGGAUGAGGAUGCUGAGGAAGAUCGCUGCAUCUGUGACUUCAACUGCCAGAGUGUGCCUCUCAGUCAGGUGUGUGGCUCAGACGGACGAACCUACAACAACGAGUGCGAGCUGAAGAAGGCCAGAUGUGAGAAACAAGACAACUUGCUGAUCCAGAAUCAGGGACUUUGUCCAGCGAUUUCAGCCACAUCUCCUCCUGACGUGACAGCGAUACAACACUGCAGUCUGUCUGUGUACGGCUGCUGCAACGACAACGAGACGGCUGCCCUGGGCGUGGGACUUGCCGGAUGCCCCAGUACCUGUCAGUGUAAUGCCUAUGGGUCCUACAAGGGGACAUGCGACCCGACCACGGGUCAGUGCUCCUGUAAGCCCGGCGUCGGUGGACAGAAAUGCGACCGGUGCGAGCCAGGCUUCUGGAACUUCCGUGGCAUAGUGACCGAAAACAUGAGUGGCUGCACACCAUGUAACUGCGACGCGGUGGGCUCAGUUCGGGACGACUGCGAGCAGAUGUCGGGCCUGUGCUCCUGCAAGACAGGAGUGAAAGGCAUGAAGUGCAACGUGUGUCCAGACGGUAGCAAGAUGGGCAUGAGCGGCUGCGACAAAGGUCCUGAAGCCCCAACUUCAUGUGACGAGCUAGAAUGCAGUUUUGGAGCUACCUGCAUCAUGGUCAAUGGCCAAGCCCACUGCGAGUGCCCUUCAUCUGAUUGUGAUGAGAAAAACAAGACCAAGGUGUGUGGCUCAGAUGGGGUGACCUACGCUGACCAGUGCCAGCUGAGGACCAUAGCCUGUAGGCAGGACAAGGACAUAACCGUGCAACACUUUGGCCAGUGCACAGAAACCAUCUCCGUGCCGGCUGACCGACCCACCCCCAACCCCCUCACCACCACCCCCAACCCAGCUGCAGCCGUCACCUUCACCACCCCCUUCCCCACCAACCUGGUCGAGGGCAUUCCGCCUCCACGGACCGUCGAGAUGGACCCGCCGACCACCGAGCGGCCCCGGGUCACCACCACCUCCUCCUCCUCCUCCCCCACCCCUCAGCCACCCCAGCCCACCACCACCACCACCACCGCCGCCUCCCCCCACCGCCACAGCAGCCCCGGCCCCUCCGCCAUGGCCACCUUUGAGGAGUCGGGCAGCGGCGAGCCCAGCGGGGACGAAGAGGAGGAGGAGGAGCGGGAGAGAGGUAGCGGUGCCAUGGGGGACUCCAGCGGAGAAGGGGAGCCCAUCGGUCCCACGGUGGUAACCACCACCCUGCCCACGGCCGAGGACAGGUCAUCCUGCGACAACACGCCCUUCGGCUGCUGCCCCGAUGGCAAGACGGCGUCCAGCACCCCAGAGGGCGCCAACUGCCCCACAACCACAAAGUUCAGCGGCUUCCUGCUAUUGGACCAGGUGGAGGGCCAGGAGGUUUUCUACACCCCCGAGAUGGAGGAUCCCAAGUCGGAACUGUUUGGAGAAACGGCCCGCAGCAUAGAGAGCGCUGUCAAUGAAUUGUUCAGGAAGUCGGAGGUGCAGAAAGACUUUAUGAGUGUCCGCAUCCGCAACUUGGCACCAAGCAACUCCAUCCUUGCUUUGUUGGAGGCCCACUUCAAACCAGACACCAGAUACACGGUGGAGGACAUCAAAGAAGCCCUGUUGAAACAGCUGAAGGCCUCCAGGGACACCAGUAUUGCCGUGAGGAAGCCAGAGGAAGAGAAUAUUCGCUUCACCAACUAUGGACUCUCCUCCAUCCCCUUCUUCACCACCACGACCACCACCACGGCGUCCGUCACCAUGCCCACCACGGCCACCACCACCACCACCGCUCGGCCUACAACCACCACCGCUUGGCCUACAACCACCACUGCCUGGCUUGUAACCACCACCGCCCGGCUUCAGACCACAACGCCCUACAUCAGCCGCCGCCCAGACACCACCCGGCGUCCCUACUACGGCAGGCGGACCACCACGACCUCGGCCCCCGUCACCACCAUGUUCCCCACCACCACCCUGUUCCCCACCACCACCGUCCACAGCAGGACCAGGCUUCACCAACCCAAGGUCCAGAGGCCGUGCGACUCCCACCCCUGCCUUCACGGGGGCACCUGCGAGGAUGACGGGGCUGACUUCAGCUGCAUCUGCCCGGCCGGCCGGGGGGGCUCCGUCUGCGAGAAGGUCAUCAAGUACUUCAUCCCGUCAUUCGGGGGCAAGUCCUACCUGGCCUUCCCCACCAUGAGGGCGUACCACACAGUGCGCAUCGCCAUGGAGUUCAGGGCAUCCGAGAUGACAGGCAUCCUGCUCUACAACGGCCAGGAAGGCAAGAAGGACUUCCUCUCCCUGGCCUUGGUCAACGGCAAGGUGGAGCUCAGGUUUAACACAGGUUCAGGAACGGGCAUAGUGGUCAGCAACGUAGCAGUGAAGCAAGGCCGUUGGCACCAGCUUGUGGUGACCCGCAACCGCCGCAACGCCAUGCUGAGUGUGGACAGCGAGCCACAUAUCGAGGGCCAGAGCCCACGUGGCACCGACGGCCUCAACCUCGACACCGACCUGUUCAUUGGAGGAGUGCCUGAGGACAUCACACUCGAUGUGACGGAAAGAACAACAGUGGCCACAGGUCUGGUGGGCUGCAUCCGCCUGCUGGAUGUCAACAACCGGGUGUACAACCUGCAGGAGAACGAGGGUGAUGUUCUAUACGGCACCGGUGUAGGCGAAUGCGGCAACAACCCCUGCCAGCCAAACCCCUGUAAGAACGGAGCGGCCUGCCAGGUCAAGGAGGCUGAGAUGUUCCACUGCAAGUGCACCGGUGGCUACUGGGGCCCAACUUGUGCUGAUGUCCAUAACCCAUGCGAGCCAAACAGGUGCCACCCAUCCUCCCAGUGCCAGGUGCUUCCCGAGGGAGGCUACAAAUGCGAGUGCCCAAUGGGACGUGAGGGGAAUCACUGCGAGAAAGUGGCUGAGAGGAAAGGGACUUACAUGCCGCUAUUCAAUGGAGACUCUUACCUGGAGCUGAAGGGGCUGCAUCUCUAUGGACACGAUCUGCAUCAGAAAGUCAGCAUGACUGUGGUUCUCAUGGCCAAUGACUCCAACGGCGUGAUCUUCUACAACGGCCAGAAGACAGAUGGUAAAGGAGACUUCAUCUCUCUAGCCCUCAACGAAGGCAUCCUGGAGUUCCGCUAUGACCUGGGCAAGGGACCUGCAGUCAUCAGGAGUAAAGAGCGGAUCCAGCUGAAUGUGUGGAACACCGUCAACUUGGAGCGCUCCAACCGCAAAGGAGAGAUCAUGGUUAACGAGAGGGAUCCUGUCCGUGGGGAGUCACCGAAAUCACGCAAGAACCAGCACACUGCUCUUAACCUGAAAGAGUCUCUUUAUGUUGGUGGAGCUCCUGAUUUCAGCCGGCUAGCAAGGGCUGCUGCGCUCAAAGAUGGCUUCCAGGGAACCAUCCAGAAGAUCACCCUGAUGGGUACGCCCAUCCUCAAGCAGGAGAACGCCCUGCACUCCAGCAAUGUGGCCAUGUUCCAGGGCCAUCCCUGUUCCCAGGAGCCCUGCCACAACGGCGGGCACUGCAACCCGCAGCUGGACAACUAUGAGUGUGUUUGCCUGAAUGGCUUCUCAGGCGGACACUGUCAGAACACCAUCUAUGAGAAGUCCGCCGGAGAGACAGAGGCCAUCGCCUUUGACGGUCGGACGUUCAUCGAGUACCACAAUGCUGUUACCAAGAGUGAAAAGGCUCUGCUGGUCAACAAAUUUGAGUUGAGCAUUCGGACGGAGGCGACUCAGGGCCUGGUGUUGUGGAGCGGGAAGGGCGUGGAGCGUUCUGACUACAUCGCCCUGGCCAUCGUGGACGGACGCAUCCAGAUGACCUACGACCUGGGCGCUAAGCCUGUUGUGCUGCGCUCCUCGGUGCGUGUUGACACCAACCGCUGGAUCCGCAUCAAGGCCAGCAGGGCACUUAGAGACGGCUCUCUACAGGUUGGCAAUGAGGCAGCGGUAACAGGGUCAUCGCCUUUGGCAGCAACACAGCUGGACACAGACGGAGCGCUCUGGUUGGGCGGCCUGGAGGAGUUGGCGGUGGCCCGUCGGCUGCCCAAGGCCUACAGCACCGGCUUUGUGGGCUGCAUUAAAGACGUGGUGGUGGACGGCGUGGAGCUCCACCUGGUGGAGGACGCCUUAAACAGCCCCAAAAUAUUACACUGUCCUGCUGCCAAAUAACCCGGCCGAGAGGAAACAUAUCGCGAGAAACAAACAAACAAACAAAAACAAAUCCCCUCCCAUCCGCUCCCUCCAUUGCGCCCGUGUCUCCUGCUGUAAUUAUUUUCUAUUUUUGUAUACUUUUUCGUCGCUUUUUAUAUUGGAAAGGAAAUGUGUUUGUUUUGUUUUGUUUUAUAAUUUUUUUUUUUCCGAACCUCCAUUCACAACAUAGUCCUCCUCUACUGCCCCGCCCCCCCCCCCGCCCUCAUCCUUCCAUCUCUCUCUCUAGCAGCAGGCGUGCGUCGUCCCUGUGAAUAAGAGGUAUUUUAUUCUUUGUUGUUUUAAAACAGACGCCAACGGAGAAAGAAAAAAAUAGACAAAAAAAAAAAAAAGAAAAGAAACGCCUGCUCUUGUUCCUCGCUUAUUACUUGAACACUGGUGGACCUCAUCGAUGAUCUCUGGUUACUGCCUUGUCUUGGUGCCAUAUCUAUCGUUCACAUUCCCCCAAGCAUGGCCCAUACACCCACAUUAUAGACACACAUUCCCCCGUCGGCGAGGGCUGGGUGCAGGAUCCGCCGCCGCCGCCGCACAUGGUGUCUUGACGCUGCGGCCGGCCGGCGAACAGUCAACGAGCUCCGCGUUCAGCCUCAGUUGCCCGCUGUAUUUUCCUAAUGGGACUUUUCAGAUAUCAGUCAAGCUGCUACGAUGAGAAAGUAGACCUUCGCAAACCACUCGAUCAACGCGCCCAUCUCCCAGCGCCGCAGAACACGCCCCUCUCCGCUCAGAGCCUCAUGUUGAAAUCUGCCUCGCCGACACGACGGAGAGAGAGAGAGCGCCGCGCUGCACCACGACUCGCAUCGCCAUCAGUCAUCAAUCAAGAAACUAAUCAUAGACGUGAAUAAAUGUAAUAAAUAUAGAGUAUAUAAAUAAUACCUGAGACUGUGAAUAUGUAAGAUGGGUUCUCUUGGGAGACUUCUCAAAUAUUGUGCGUUCUGUUUUACAAUCAAGCAGAGGAACUUACGAUGACCACUAUAGAUGCAUGCACUUCUGCAGUGUUGGUUUGAUUCUGUUUUGUUUUGUUUUUGUUUUUGUUUUCAUUUUUGUUUUUUUGUUUGUUUUUUUGCUCUUUUUAAAGGAAAUAUUGUUUUAUUCAUUCCAAAAAAAAAAAAAAAACCUUUUCCGAUCUGCAAUGUUAACAUGGUGAAUCCAUGUCAGUGGACAUGCUUUGCAUUGACUGAUGGGAUUUCACAAACAGAGCUACCAGAAAUAUUUGUCUUUUUUUUUUUUUUCAUGUAUCGUUUUGAGGUUUUUUUUUUUUCUUUGGGAGCAGUUUAGUUUCGCUGGACCUGAAAUGGUGCAUAAGGGGAAGAGCUGUUACCAUAGCCGACCUUACGGAGGUGCUGAAAGCAAAGGCUGAAGAAAGGAGAGAGAAAGGAGGUGAGGAGUGAUCGCUUCGACUCUUGGGGAUGUCCUGCCAACCAACAGUCAGUCGUCAACAACAACAACAACAACAACAAAAUCUUCAAGCUUCAAAAACUUUUUUUGUCUGAGACUUCAUUUCUUUUCGUAUUUGACCAAGAAGCAGGAUACCUUGCAUUCUGGGAGAAAUCUUUCCGGCUGUUGACAGAGGGACAAUGUGAUGUUGUUGUGACCUUGAAGCCAUAACAGCCGUAAAAUGGAGAAAAAAAAAAA